AUGUCGCGCUGGCUCAUACUAUGCCACAGACACGCUUCUGCCGAUCACCAACUGGAGCAAUGUGAGAGAGAAUUCAUUGGCGCGCGAAGCAUCCCUCCGAUGAAGCAUAUCGGAAGUCCCUCCGUUUCUUUCAGCUCGAGAAGAUCCAUGGUAGUACUCUGCCCUUUCACAUCACGUCUUUCCCUUCUAUUCUCUACAGUAUCACUCACAACAGUCAUGCCCGAGACUAUUUCGGCCCCAAGUACGGAACAGUCACCGACAUCCAUCACUUCUGAAGCCGUACGCUUCUUCGCUCCUCGACACUACCACCAAUCGUUAUGGCUACCUGCAAACAACAAGCACGAACGACUACGACUUACAUUCCCAACCACGGCAAACUUCGAGGAUGAAAGCCUACCUGCUGUAUUGUUCGCUGGACCAAUGUUCGACACUCGCUAUUCAGCUCUUACCUUCAACAAGCUGGCGGGCGAGAUUGGGGUCAGGGUGAUAUGUGUUGAUCGUCCGGGACUAGGAGGUGCCACUCCGGUGAAUAUCGAGCAGCGCAUCGAUGUCUGGCUUGAAGCAGUACCUGCCAUACUGGCACGAUUAGGCGUUAAGCACGUCUCACUCCUCUCGCAUAGUGCUGGCACUUUAGAUUCACUCAACAUGCUCUCGCGACUUCGACACAUCUUGGACCCAAAAGUCCCCUACGCCGCCUUCCUAGCCCCUUGGGUCCACAACGACCACUCAAACGUAGCCCUUACGAAAAUCAUCGCCAACUUGCCAACCGGAGCCUUCUCAUACUGGAGCGGACUCAGCAAAUUCGUCAACCAGAGCAUCAUGCCAGUAUCAGGGUGGUCAGGAGGUGUCAUAUCUUCCGUCUCUGGAUUAUUCUCCGAGCAGACUGGCACCAUCAACGACAGCGAGGCAGCCGCGCAAGAAAAGUACGGCGUGAGCAAAGCAGUAGAGGACCAGAUUGAUACUUUACAGGGAAAGUACGUUUUUACAGAAGGUAUGUCCGACGCAAACGACGAGGCUCUCCUGUGUGGGAAGAAAGUUGGCGGUUGGGGUGCUUGUGAGGAUUACAUGAAGUUCAUCGAGCAGCUGUGCUUGGAUGAGCGAGCACGACGUUCUGAGGGAAAACUUCGCGUGAGGCUACAUUUUGCGGCGUCGGAUGUGAUGAUAGGCGAGGGUGGGAGGAAGUACUUUGAGAAGUGCUGGAAUCAGGAUGGUGUUGCUGAGGUUGUGGAUGUGCGGAGCAGAGUGUGGCCUGAGACGAAUCAUGAUUCCGUUUCGUUGGAGUUUAGGAAAGGAGCGAUACGGCCUAUCUUUGAGGAGAUCAGGAGGCUGCAUGAUGAAGCGAGGGCACGAGGGACAUGA